CGGCCUGGAUCUGGCCAAGCCUCGAAUCCGUGAUCGCUCUGUCAGAUUCCACCAAAAAGGUUGGUGGUUCAUAGAUUUGUUCGAGGCCCUACGGCGGAGAUAUCGACAGAAGCACACGCACAAAGCUGCUUCUACCUCCGCCCUAAUUCCCCGCACUUUUCCUUUCCUCCCCUUUCCUUUCCUCCAACCAAUUCAUUCGGUGGUUCCGCGUCGUCGCUAGCCUGAGAUCGGUGGUUCUGAUAGAGAUGAGUAUUGUGUGCUUACUCCAGCUCGGCUUUGGUCAGAAGUAUGAACGUCCGCAUUAGAAAUGUUUCAACUCUGAUAAUCGGAGAAGUAAACAACAUUUUGUUCACGUAGUAUUUCAUCUGACUUCUUGAGAAGCAAAGUUCGUGAUCAGUCGACAGGAAUAAGAAUAGGGAAAGAUGGCAGCAACGUCUGCAACUACAUUUUCAAUUGGAUCAACUUCCUUCAGCUCCAGAGCCAACCCAGUUUCCCAAUCAAAGGCCAUUGGUCUGAGAUUGAACUCCAAAAACUGUCUUAAGAGUUUCAGUGGCCUUAAGGCAGCAAUAUCUGUAAGCUCUGAGUCAGAAUCAUCUUUCUUGGGCAAGGAAAGCAGUGUAGCUCUUCGACAGUCUUGCAUACCAAAAUCUCUGAAACACAACCAGAGAUCUUGCAACUACCCUCAGCCCCAGGCAUCUUACAAAGUUGCAAUUUUGGGAGCUGCAGGGGGUAUUGGGCAGCCACUAGCACUUUUGAUCAAAAUGUCUCCAUUAGUUUCUUCCCUCCACCUCUAUGAUAUAGCAAAUGUCAAGGGAGUUGCUGCUGAUCUGAGUCACUGCAAUACUCCUUCCCAAGUUUUGGACUUCACCGGAGCAGCUGAAUUGCCCAAUUCUCUUAAAGAUGUUAAUGUAGUUGUCAUCCCUGCUGGAGUUCCAAGGAAGCCAGGUAUGACCCGUGAUGACCUCUUCAACAUCAAUGCCAACAUCGUGAAGAAUUUGGUCGAGGCUGUCGCUGAUAACUGCCCUGAUGCCUUCAUUCACAUAAUCAGCAAUCCAGUUAAUUCUACUGUGCCCAUUGCAGCAGAAGUUUUGAAGCAGAAGGGCGUGUAUGAUCCAAAGAAACUCUUUGGUGUUACUACACUUGAUGUUGUGCGGGCAAACACUUUUGUUGCUCAGAAGAAAAACCUGAAACUUAUUGAUGUUGAUGUUCCAGUUGUGGGAGGACAUGCUGGAAUAACUAUUCUUCCCCUGCUCUCAAAGACGAAACCAUCUGUUAGUUUUGCUAAUGAAGAAAUACAAGAGCUAACUGUGAGGAUCCAGAAUGCUGGGACAGAAGUUGUAGAGGCAAAGGCUGGUGCGGGAUCAGCUACUCUGUCAAUGGCAUAUGGUGCAGCAAGAUUCGUUGAGUCUUCCCUUCGUGCUCUUGAUGGAGAUAGUGAUGUCUAUGAGUGCACUUAUAUCCAAUCUGAGCUGACUGAGCUUCCAUUCUUUGCAUCGAGGGUGAAGCUUGGGAGGAAAGGGGUCGAGGCUGUGAUUUCUUCGGAUCUCCAAGGAUUGACCGAGUAUGAGCAAAAGGCUCUGGAAGCCCUCAAGCCAGAACUAAAGGCCAGCAUUGAGAAGGGCAUUGCUUUCGCACAGAAGCAAACUGCGGCUGCAUGAGAGUUGCAUAGCUGAAGCAACUGAUGUUGUGGACUUAUAAACAGAAGCUUUUUCAGUUUUGUAGGCAACUUGGGACUUGGCAUUUUGUGUUUUCCCUUUAUGAAGUGCUUUUUGUUAACGAGUAAUGAGGAAUUUGGGCACAGGCAGUGUCGGAGACUUGUUUUCUCAUCGGCUGAAUGUAGCAGUUUACUUGUUCAUCAAUAACAGUUUCGGUGCUGUUAUGGCACCAUGAAUCUUGAUACCAUCAUAUCUGGUUGAAAAUCGACCUCAUAUCUAGUGAGAUUUGAAGGCUUGUAAUUGUUGUUGUGAGUAUGGUGGUUGAUAAUUGCAAAAGAUAAUGGCUUUCAUUGGUUGGUUCU